AGAGCUGUUUACGAUGGGGCUGAGUUAGAAAAGUUUCUGGAUAAACUUGAUACACGAAUAAAAGGCCAUGAUAAAGAAAUUGAACGAAUGUGUAAUUAUCAUUAUCAGGGAUUUAUAGAUUCUAUCAGAGAGUUACAACAAGUCAGUGGUGAUGCAGCUAAAUUAAAGGAUGAUAUUGGUGGUGUGGAUAAAGAGUUACAGAAAUCCUGUCAACUGUUAUUAAAACGUGGUGAUGAACUCGUACGAUGUCGACAAGUACAGAAAAACAUUACAACUGCUAUAGAUAACCUGUCUUUAUCACUUCCAGUGCUUGAGAUGUACGGUAAAUUACAAGAACAAAUGAAGCAUAAAAGAUAUUAUCCUGCCCUAAAGACCCUAGAACAAUUAGAACAUACUUAUCUUCCACGAGUUAUGACCCAUUGGUUUUCACAAACUAUGUCAAAUGCAAUACCUAAACUUCGAGAACAAAUUAAAGUGGCUUCCAUGUCAGAAUUAAAAGACUUUCUGGAGAGUAUUCGGAAGAAUUCAGCAAAGAUUGGAGAAGUUGCUAUGAAACAUGUAAGUAGUCUGAUUGUCAGGUUUGAAUUGCCAAUAUUCAGCAAAGUAUGCAGUUUAUUGCAGAGACGACAAAGGUUCAAAGAUGUCUUGUAUUAUUUGCAGGAAUUAAGUGCCCAAGAUUUGAUAGAUUUUAGUCCUGUGUAUAGAUGUUUACAUAUUUACUCCGUUCUGGGUGAUCGAGAAAAAUUUGAAAAUUAUUAUCGAACUCAGAGAUGGAAACAGGCUAGAUUGUCUUUACAACCUCCCUCUAAUAUGCAUGAAAGUAUUGAUGCAUUUCAAAAAUAUUUCCAUGAUAUUGUUGGUUUUUUUGUUGUUGAAGAUCAUAUCUACCACACUAGUCAGGGACUGGUUAAUCGAGCCUAUAUAGAUGAAUUAUGGGAAAAGGCUGUAGAGAAAAUGGUUGCCACGUUACGUGCCAGUGCACAAUCCUGUAGAAUGUCCACAUUAAUUUUAGAGAUUAAAAAAUUAAUAGUUUUAUUUUGCCACACCUUGAAGGGGUAUGGUUUUAGUGUAGGCAGACUUUUAGAACUUUUGUUAGAAAUGAGAGAUCGUUAUAGUGAAAUUUUAUCUGACCAAUGGAUAGAUGUUUUUAAUGAAAUAUUUCAAGAAGAUAACUAUACACCUAUUAGUGUUUCUACAAUUGAAGAGUUCAGUUUAAUAACAUCACAGUUACCAUAUGUAGACAAACAGUUAGAAUCUGAACCAUUUCCAAGACGGUUUCCAUACUCUCAGUUUGUACCUAGUGUAUUCAACCAAGUUAAAGAAUACAUCAACGCCUGUUUAAAAUUCUCAGCAGAUUUACAUCUCAGCCAUACAGAAAUAGAUGAUAUGAUUAGAAAAUCAACCAAUAAUUUAUUAACGAAAACACUAGGUGGCUGCUUAUCUCAGUUGAUUAAACGUCCUAACUUCGGACUCUUACAGUUGAUCCAAAUAUCUAUUAAUAUGAACUACCUAGAGAAAUCAUGUUCGUUAUUAGAAGAAUACAUAUCUAGUAUAACAGGGGCAGAAAAAGACAGUGUACAUGUGUCGAGGUUGCAUGGAACAUCUAUGUUUAAGGAUGCAAGAAAUGAUGCUGAACAACAUAUUUAUCAUCAACUUAAUCUAAAAAUAGAUGAAUUUUUAGAACUCGCCACGUAUGAUUGGACGAUAACUGAAUCACGCGGUCAUUCCAGUGGAUAUAUCAUGGAUCUAAUUGCCUUCCUACAGAGUACCUUUAUGUCCUUCACUAACUUACCUGAAAAAGUAGCAAGAACAGCGUGUAUGUCAGCUUGUCAACAUAUAGCAGCUAAAUUAAUGGAGUUUUUAGUUGAUAAUGAUGUGAAACAGAUGACAAUGGGGGCAUUACAACAAUUUAAUUUAGAUUUAAUACAAUGUGAAGAGUUUGCUGAUUCAGAGCCAGUACCUGGAUCUAGUGAUGGAACUUUAAAACUGGCUUUUGCUGAUCUGAGACAAUUACUAGAUCUGUUUAUAAAUUGGGACUGGUCGAUGUAUCUAGCUGAUUAUGGUAAACAACAUUCGAAAUAUAUCAGAGUACCUCGAUAUACAGCUAUUAAUCUCUUAGAAAAAUUAAACAAUGCAGAUAAGAAGAAAAAUAAUUUGUUUACAGCGUUAAAAAAGAACGAAAGAGACAAGAAAAAAUUAGUAGAAACAGUGUUAAAACAGUUGCGUGGUCUAGAAAAUGGUACUGCAGUACAUGGAUAA